AAAGGGGAUUUAACAAUCAGUUAGACACGUGACCCGAGUCCAGACACCGUCCAAUAUAAGCAUAACCACAGAACAACUCUAAGAAUAAAAACCUCAAAUUGAUUCCCAUCGAGUAAUUUACAUUAUUUACAAUUGCAUAAAUUAUGGAUAAUUUCGAAAGGUUAUGCCAAUUCUCAGAUAAUGAACAAUGGGAUGAAUUUAUGGAGAAUUUAGAUACAAAAACCAAUCAAAGGAAAAUAGUUGCCAAGCUAGCAGAGUUAUUAACAAAACCAGAUGGAAAUUUGCCGCCAAACGUUCUAUUUUUGAUCCUCAAAUGUCUAGCAAAUACUUGUGUACAUUUCAUGUAUGAAGUGCCAGACGAAAUCCAGAACAGUACAAUAUCCCUGGCGAAUCACUGGUACGAAGCCUACAAACAAUUGGCAAUCACUUCACCACUGGUUGCGGAAAAUGCUCGCAGUGGUUUUCCUUACAAUGGUAUCGUCGCCUGGGUGAUCGAUUAUCUGGACAAUCACAUCACUGAGAAUGGAGAGGAGGAAACUAAAAUUGUUAGAACUGGCCUUCGUUUUCUAUGCAAUGUUUCAGCUGUCACUGGUACAGGAUAUCUAGCCUUUUUAUCACAUGAGAAGUUGAGGAACAUCAUUGGGCACCUCCUUCGCUGGAAAGAUGUAAAUGUUCUCCUCCUCACCUGUGCACUUAUUCACAACAUAUUAUUUAAUAAAAGAAUGGGAAAUCCACCCUUCGAGCCCUUAUCAACCCUCGAAGGUCUUAUCAGAGCGGAUAAAGGAAAAGUCAGCACUGCGAAUGACACAAUCAUGUUGUUCGUUCGACAGACACCAGAUUUGUUCGAUGCAGCUUACGAACAUUUGUCAAUGGAAAACAAGAUAUAUUUUUUACAAUUAAUUUAUGUAAAUCUGAGGGAUGUUGAUGAUGACUCGAUGGUCGUCAUCGAACAGCUACCAGAGAAUGCAGUUAUUUAUUUGACGAAUAGGUUCAAGAAGAAAAGUGAUUUGAUAUUGAAAACUGUAGAUUCUUACUUGGGUGAUAUGGAGCCAGCUGAAGUCAGCAUUCUCCUCGACAUUUUGGGGAUUUUGUCGUCGGAUGAGUGGCGAGAAUUGCAUAUUUUACAGAGAGAUAGUAGUCUCCUUAUCAAUGCUGUUUUUCUGUUGAAGGCGAUGCACAGUACCGGAAAGGAGAAGGAUAAUUACUUUACACCAAUCCAAAGAUUGAGUGACCUCAUCUCAAGUUCCUCGACCUGCCAUGAAGGAGAUCCGCGUCUUAUAGACGAUAUUGAGCACCACCCUGCAUUUGGGUUCAAAGCGGGGCUCAUUCGUUUGAUUGGAAAUCUUGUAUAUCGUCAUCGAGCUAAUCAAAAUACGCUACGAGAUACCGAAGGACUCCCUCUCAUACUGGACUGCUGUAACAUUGAUGGAAGAAAUCCAAUGAUUCUCCAAUGGUGCAUACUCGCCAUCAGAAAUGCAUGCGAGAAUAUGGCUAAGAACAAGCAAGUAAUUGCCGCCAGUGAGAAAAUCAAAUACAUUGAGACCGACGUUCUGUGUGAGAUGGGACUUGUUCGUUAUGACGAUGAUACUGGAUACCCCAUUAGAAUUGUACCAGAACCAAAAGAGUCCCAGGUGGAGAAAUCCCCUCCCGAAUUCGGAUAGCAUAGGACCACCUGAUGUAUACCCCAGUUGGCACGACCUAAAGGAUUGGGCCGAUUUGAUUGUAAUAUUUUUUGAAUUGACGACAGUGUACGCUGAAAUCGUGCCAAUACAUGGAUAUUCCUCGUGGAAGGAAUUAACUCAUUUUUAAAAAAUCAUUGAUCAUUUAUACAAAAGCAUUUUCAUUCAACUCUCAGUGAAGUAUGGAAUUGCAUAUCGAAACUACACUAUAUUGAUGGAACUCAUGAAGUGGUAGAUGAGAUACUCAGAUGUCAUUGAUUUUUUACGGAACAUAUUUGCAUCAUAGAGUAGAAAAUAAAGCACCAGUAUAAUAAUUGUUA